ACCCACUGCGUCACUUCACCCAAACCCCGCGCGCCGUCAUUAGAUAAAGAAGAAAUGGCAUAUCAGUCAAUGGAUAUUGUAGCAAAGGCGCUGGAGCAGCAAAUGCUGCAAUCAGCCCGGAUCGUCGAGGAGCAGCUAGAUACCGAGCUGGAAAAGCUGGAGCGUAUGGAUGAGGAUGAACUUGAGAUUCUUAGGGAAAGGAGGUUGGAGGCUCUUAAGAAAGCCCAGAAAGAGAAGCAGGAAUGGAUCUCUAAAGGCCAUGGUGACUAUAGAGAGAUCCCAAGUGAGAAAGAUUUCUUUGCUGAAGUUAAAGAAAGCAAGAAUGUGGUUUGCCAUUUCUACAGGGAUUCCACUUUCAGAUGUAAAAUCCUGGACAAACACUUGGGUAUCAUGGCGAAGAAGCAUUUAGAGACAAAGUUCAUCAAACUAAAUGCAGAGAAGGCUCCCUUCUUAACAGAAAGACUUAAAAUUAAAGUUAUUCCUACACUAGCUCUGGUGAAAGAUGGGAAGACUAAGGACUAUGUAGUAGGCUUCACCGAUCUAGGCAACACAGAUGAGUUCUCAACUGAAAUGCUGGAGUGGAGACUGGGCUGUUCAGAUAUCAUCACGUAUAGUGGAAAUCGCCUUGAGCCUCCUAUGCUUGCUCAGAAACCAGGGACAAAGUUCACCAAGCUGGAGAAAAAGACGAUCAGAGGGAAAGGAAAUGACACGGACUCUGGAUCUGAUGAUGAUUAGAAACCGUUUAUCAGGCCUUCAUACAGUCUUUAACUAACUAACUUGGUUUGUUUUUCUCUUCUUUGUAUAUUUCAGAUUUCUUUUCCAUUUUUCAUAUUAAACCAUGAUAAAUGCGUUUUGAAAAAAUUGCAUUCCAGACAGAAUAAUAAAAAAAAAACUAGCGUACAGAUCAGAAACAAUCAGCACAGAUUUAUGAAUUUGUAAAGCAGAUGUUUCUGGUGUUGUGGCAGUAGCAAUGCUCUGCUUAUUUCAAAGUGACUUUAUUUAAACAAAAAUUGAAAGGUUAAAAUUGGGUAUUAAGAAUAAAUAAAAUACAUGAUUUCAUAUUUAUGAUUAAUCCCAUUUGGAUCCUAGGUUGGUGUAGUUAAUUUAUUACUUUUAUGGGAAGAAAAUAACACAUUAAUUUCAGCUCUAGGGCUUCAAGAACAUCUCACAAGUGCCAAGGAUGCUACCAUCACUGUAAUCACUAUCAUUUGAUUCAAGUGAACAGAAACUUAAACUUUGCUUUAUUUAUUUUUUUAUAGCACAAAAUGAACACUCAUUAAACGAAACUCAAUUCA